AUGGCCAAAGAGUUCGAGCUGAUAGACAACGUGCUAUCCAUCGCAUCAACCAUGGACGGAGCAGCCACCCCAACCCAUUCAACCCUGACCGAAACACUCUCAGAUCACAUCGAGUCAGUCCCCUACCCCGGCGCUGACUUUAUCAUCCGUCUCCGCGACACCAACAAAUACAUCACCCUCGUCGGCGGUAAUCUCGAACUUACCGAGGGUCUGAAUCCCAAGGGUGGUUAUCACUGGGAAUGUAUUGAAAAGGAUAGAUGGCUGGGUUUCCGCAACUGUGUGUCUGGGACUAUCAUUGGGCAUAACGAUCGGAAGAAAUUCCAUGCUCAGGCAAGCAAGCAUCAGUCUUAUGAGUUCUUUACGCUGCGACCGAGUCCCCAGGGUGGUUAUGAGCUUUUGACCAAGCACAAUUAUGAGUUGUGGAGUAUGGCUGUUGGGGAGGAUGGGAAGACGCUGGUUGAGAUCAAGGAACAAGGUGCUCUGUGGGACUUUUUGAAAGUUUGA